AUGAAGAAUUAUGUAGCAGUAUUUGGAGUUUUCCGUUGUCUGCUUUUGUUUGCGCCUUCACCACCAUGCGUCAGCGCUGCUAAUGAGACUUUUCGAUUCGGCAUUCUGCCGAAGAGCCUAGAUAAUCCUUUCUUCGACCCCGUCCGGACAGGUUGUGAAGCUCGAGCGGAUGUCUACGGAAACGUAGUGUGCGUAUGGAUUGGGCCAGAGCAGGAAGAGCCGACGGGUGCCGCCCAAGUAGAAUGGAUUGACCGAAUGAUAGAUCAAAGGCUCGCCGGCGACCCUGAGGCGCUCGACGGACUUGCCAUUUCGGUUGUAAACGAGGAGUCCGUGAAGGAGCCAAUUCGAAGAGCGCUUGACUCGGGAAUGUCGGUUAUUUGUUUUGACAGCGAUGCGGCUAACUCGGAUCGUCAAGCAUUCGUUGGAACCGACAACGUCGCGUUUGGUGAGCAGCUCGGAAAGGUUUUGUUGCAACUUCAACCCACCGGUGGGAUGUUCGCACUGGUUUCCAUCCAAACGCCAAAUUUGGAGCUGCGAGUUCGCGGUAUACGAUCCGCACUAUCAGGCUCUACCUGGACAGAACCUCCCGACUCCAUUUUGUACGAAGAAGCGGGCAACAUAACGCUAACACUUCAGAAUAUGAGGGAUUUGAAGGUGGCAAAUCCGGACCUUGGAGCAAUCAUUCCGCUCUACGGAACUGUUAUGCAGUACGAAGACCUUUGGAUAAAAUACGUUGAUAGUCACCGAGACCUCACGCACGUUAUAGCCGACGCUGGAUCGAACCAAAUAUCCCUAUUGGAACGCGGCUUCGCUGAUGGUUUAGUAGGACAACUACCGUACCAAUCUGGGGAGGUGUGCAUCGACACCCUCUUAAAUCUACGUCGGGAAUCGGGUGGAAAACCUUCUGCGCACAGAAAAAGCUCAGACCUGGUUUUCGGGACCAAUUUGUCUUUGCUGCUGCGAAUACCAUUGAUUCUACCCACACUGACUGUCGACCAGAACUUUGUUGGAAAUUACCGCAUCCUCGGCUACGUCUUAUUCUGCAUCCUUGCUUCGCUUUCGAUUGUCGUCAUGGCAUGGGUGUUGAUGAAACGGAAGACAUACAUAGUUCGGGCUUCUCAGCCCAUUUUUCUCAUUGUGGUUGCUGUUGGUGCACUAAUUAUGAGUUCCUCGAUAAUUCCAAUUGGCUUCGACAACGAGAAUUACAGUGUUGGUGCCUGUUCGGCAGCUUGUAUCGCCACCCCUUGGUUGCUCUCUAUAGGCUUUUCCACCGUUUUCUCGGCGCUCUUUAGCAAGCUGUGGCGAAUCAAUCGGGUGGUGGAGUCAGCUCAGAGGUUCAACAAGCAAGUUGUGACGGUGCGGGACGUCAUUUUACCGUUCUGUCUUCUGAUGGUAGCCAAUUUGAUCAUACUGAUUUGCUGGACGGUUGUUGCGCCGUUGGAAUACGUACGACGAGACGAUCUCGGAACUGAUCCUUGGAACCGCGUCAUAUCAAGCUAUGGGACCUGCAUGACUAGGGAAGGCCAGCGCUCUGUACCGUUUGUGUCAGCGCUGGUUGCUGUCAACCUGGGAGCUCUCUUGUUUGCGAACAUUCAAGCUUACAAGGCCCGGAGUAUUCAGAGCGAAUUUAGUGAGUCGAAGUACAUUGCUUUAGUGGUAGCGGGAAUGAUGCAAGUGAGUCUUGUCGGCUUGCCAGUGUUGCUUCUGACAGUCGACAAUCCUCCCGUGUACUACCUACUUCGAAUUCUGUUGGUCUUUGUGAUUACUCUGGCGAUAAUCGGGCUUAUCUUUGUUCCAAAAAUGCUUCAUAAGCCGAAAGAGAACGGACGGCAGGUCGUUGUCUCGUAUGGUACCCCUUCAGCCGAUGGCGGUGCAACCAGCACCCUAUCAAGGGUGUCAAACUCAAACCGUGGCGACGAUGGUAAAAUAGACUCUAACGAAUUGCACGUCAAUUCUAUGUUAGACUUGAAAGCAUUGCCUAAAGGCAGUGUAGAGGAAUCUUCCGGGGUGGCCAGUAUAGCGGCAAUAAGGGCAGCGGCUGCCCGAGCUCAGGAGCAGCCCUCCUAGAAUCUGGUCAUACUUUUGCUGAAGAAAUUGCACGAGCGAAAAGCAUUUUUGACAAUAUGGGCACCGCUGUCUCGGAUCAGGAGAAAAACACAAGAAUCGGGCGUAUAGCUGCUAAUAGUAAAAAGCAACUUUUCUUCUGAAAUACGAGCACAAAGCCUUUACUGGUUAGUCGAUUUGAACUAUCAGCAAAACUUAAGAGGUAGAUGCUGACUGGAUAAAAUCGAAAGUAUCGUCGAGUCCGAGUUCAACUAUUGCUACUUUGGUAUGCCAUUCGUACCAAAACUUGGAAAGAAGAGUCUUACUCAAAGCUUUCUUUUGUAAGAGUUGCCUUGGUUUCUGGAACAUCAUGAUCGAAAAUAUGUCCGCUCACUUCAGAAUUCCGAUAAAGAUCUGAAGUCAAUAACCUCCCCGUUUCUAGCUCAAAACCGACUCCCAAUACGCCGGCUUUCUUUGUGUUCCAAUUGUAGCGAUGAAUAAUGCUGCAGGCCACACGUGGCUGUCUCCACCGUUUCAAUAAAAUCGCAGUCGUAAGCUCGUGUUCAUUUGGCCGAACAAUGGCCUUGAUGGCAAGACCCCGAUUUAGCUGCCAGGCUCCUCCGACGGCAACGUUUGUGCUAUGCGGCGUCUUCUCCAUCCGCACCGUCCAUCCGGCUGUGUUGCGUACCCUGGGUGCACGAUCUUCGACCGGGUUUAGUUGAUAGCGGUCGAAGGUGAACACCUGGCUAAGAGCAAUUGCGGAAUUUUGUUCCGUGUCGUUGCUACGUUCC